UUGAAUCUACAUAUACCUACAGCAAUUUCCAUUAAACAUCUUCAGCAUUUCUACCGUUCAGCCUUGCAGAGGUGUACAGUAGGAAUAUUUGCGGCUUACCAUCAAUUUAUUUAUGAUUUAAGUGAGACAAAAUGAGAUGUGGAGGUUCUGCUGCUAUAAAAUGGCAGACACAAUUGUCCAACUAAUAGCAGCCUACAACAGUCUAACCGAUAGGCAUCUAAUUGGAUACUUUAACAACACAAGAGUACGACGGCAUCUAAGAAGAGCAGGACUGGUUACCAAAAAUGGCAGAAUCGUACCAGAGAAAGAAUAUAAAAAUAACCUUCUGCAAAAGGACCAUGAAAGAUACUUACGGGAAAGUAUUGCACAAGCAGUUUUUCAGAAAGUACUAGAUUUAGAGCGCCAUCAUAAACUGGAAAUAAGAAAGAAAUUAGAAGAAAUUACACUUAAAAGACGAACUUCCAAGAUCAAGGCAAAGAGGUUAAGGAAACAUGAUGAUUCACUGCCUAUGCUGUCUCCACAUCCACCAACUUAUCCAAGGAGUCAACAUGCACAAGUGCCAGAGGAAGAUAGAGAGCCUUCUGAGGGAUCAGAUUCUUUACUUACUCCCCGCCCAUACACAGCACCUGGGAAAAUGCAACGACCGGUUCGUCUAGAGCCAAUCACUAAGGACACUGCACCUUCUCAAAAAAGGACUGUGUCAGGUGUAAGAAAGAAGUAUCAAAGCGAAGAAGCUCAACAUACACCCAGAGAGUUUGGCAAAGAAGAUCAAAAAUAUUCUACUAAGGAUUUUGCCUGUGAAGUUUCCCCCUAUCUACUUCCAGUUAUAAAUAAUUAUGUGGUCCCAGUUCCACCUCCUUCUAGAAAAGAAAAGAAUUCAAAGGGAAAACCAAAGGGAACAGUCGGGGGUAGAAGGCUGCGGCCCACAACUGCACCAAAUUUGCUGGGUGUAACAAAGGAGUCUACCAAAUAUCACAAAAACGUAAUUCACAGUAAUGUAGUAUUAACUAUGGUGUAUUUUGGAAGAACUGUCCAUUUGACGUUUGAGGCUCUAGGGCUAAUUAAAGAAGAAGUGAAAAUUCUACAACAGCACUGUGGUGGAGAAAAUCUAUGCAUUUACCAUGGAAACCUAUCAGUAGGAGAAACAUUUCAGUUUAUCUCAAAGAGACAUCAUGGCUUUCCAUUCAGCCUUAGUUUUUACGUCGAUGGGUUACUAGUUGAUAGGCUCAGUUCUUGCUGUGAAUUUAAACAUCGAAGAGGAUCUAGGCUUGGUGGGAAAAAUGGCCCUUUUGGCUUUCUCAACAUUGAAGGAGCUACACCCUGUUACAAGUGUAUUAUUUCAAUGGGAUUAGAUAAAAAGCCAACUCCUCCUAAAAGAAUGAAGGAAGAGAGCGACGAGAAGACACAAAAAGAUGACGAAUAUGAAGAGGAUUUUGAAGGGGAUGCAGAAGUCAAAGUGAAAAAGGAAUCGGAUAUUGAAAGCAAUGAGUCAGGUUCAGAUAAAGGAAAGACAAUGAGCGAUGAAGAGAAGGCAAGCUAUUCUGGUUCUGAGUCAGAGUAUGAUGACAAAUCAGGUGACAGAGGUUCAAGGUCUUCUAUGUCAUCCAUGUACUCAUUAAGUAGCAGCAAAGAUGGCACAGAGAGUCAAACCGAGGAUGUAAAAGAUACAGUUCAGGAAGAGACUCUCAAAGCCUCCUACAGUUCAUCAGGAGGGGACCUGGAAUCUGCUAGUGAAGUUAAAGAUCAUGAAUGUGAUGAAGAGGGAAUAACUGAAAAUUCUGAACAUCACAAAGCAGGAACACCACAACCAGAACAGGCUGAGAAUCUUCAGAGUAGUGAUCAAGGCUUAAGUGAAGACAAAGCACAUGAAACGGUAUCUGACAUUGAUGAAGAACUUACUGAGGGGGGCGCUGCGACUGACACACUGGAAAGUGUCCGACUGACACCUGAAGAAGCAGGACCCGAAAACACUGAAGAUGCAGGACCUGAAAAUGCUUAUUCUGAGUCAUUCACUUUGGAAUCAGCAUUAGAAAAUGACACUGCAGAAUCACAGCCCCAACAAGAAACUGAACCUCCUGAAUGUAGUGGUGAGUCCAAAUCUAUUCAAGAGAAAAUUUCAGAGGCUAUUUUAUGUGAGUCAAGAUGCAAUUCUGAGCCAGAACCUAGUGACUCCAGUUCUGAUGACGAUGAUGACAAUUCAAGUGCCACUAAUAGGCGAAGACCAUCUGAAGAAAGGUUUAAUGGUGCAGAACCUGAAGUGUGUACAGAGUCAGCAAAAAGCACUAACAAGGAGUCAAACAUGGAAAGUAAAAUGGAGGAAACCGAUCUUCAAACACACUCUGAAAGCAAAUGCUUGAAGUCUGAGCCAGAUGAAGAUCAUGAAGACAUUAAAGCUUAUGCCCUACCAGAUCAUGAGUGUGAGAGAGAGGUAGAGCAGGCUGAGAAUGAAAUCCCAAGUAAUAACAGAAAUGAACGACCUGAAUCUAUAACAGAGGCAGCACAUUUUGAAGCUAAUACUGCUGAGGAAUCUCAGUCUGAAGCAGCGCAACUUGAGAAUACAGAGGUUGAAGCAUACAUAAUAGAUGCAAGUUUUGAAGAUGAUGGUGAUUCUGAAGUGAACGAAGCUGGUGAAGAUAAGACAGGGAUAGAGGCUCAAGGAGAAGGUGAGGCUCAAGUAGAAGUAGGGUCUGAGGGUAAGAUGGAAAAUGAUAUGGGUGAAUUAGAGAUUAAUGCUAAGACAGAUGAAAUAGUGGCAGAGACUGAGGCAAGUUCAGAGCCUACAGAGGCAGGGACUGAUGCUAAUUCAGAUGAUGUUGAGGCUGACAAAUUAGAAACUGACAUUGAAGAGGCUGAGACUGAGGCUAACACAGAAGAGGGUGACCCUGAGGUUGUUGCAGAGGAGGCUGUAGAAGAGGCAGAACUUGAGACAGAACCUGAGGCUAACAUUGAUGAGACACAGGUUGAGGGUAAUACUGAGGCAGAUGCUGAAACAAAUGUGGAACAGGGUGAGCCAGAGACAGAGAACGAGGCUAAUGUAGAAGAUGGUGAACAUGAGGCAGAGGCUGAGGUUAACGCAGAUGAAGCUGAACCAGUAACACAGUCAAAUGCUAAUCUGCCUGGGACAGAACAUGAAGCCAACAUAGAGGAGGAGACUGAGACUGCACCUCAGGCCAAAGAGCAUGAUGCUGAGAAUGAGCUUGAAACUAACAUAGACAUGGCUGUGCCUGAACUUGAAGCUGAUGUGGAUGAGGCAGAGCCAGAAUCUAAUGAAGAUGUUGCAGAGGCUGAGACUGAAGUUAACAUAGAUGAGGCUGAGCCAGAAGCCGAAGCUAUUUUAGAAGCAGCUGAACCUGAGGCUAACAUUGAGGAGUUGAAUGAGGCAGAGCCAGAGUCCGAGGCAAAUGUAGAUGAGGUCCAGCCUGACCCUGAUGUAAAUGAGGCUGAGCCAGAGGCUAAUAUAGUUGAGGCUGAGCCUGAGCGUAUUGCAAAUGAGGAUGAGCCUGAGCCCGAGGCGGGUGUAGACCAGGCAGAGGUAGAUGAGGCCAAGCCCAAGGCUGAUCCUGAGGCUGAUGUGGCUAAGGCUGAGCCUGAAGCUGAGCCCGAGGCUGAUGCAGAUGAAUGCGAUGGUAAUGCGGACGAGCCUGAGGCUAAUGCUGAUGAACGCGAGGCUAAUGCGGACGAGGCCGAGCCUGAGCCCGAGGCUAAUGCGGACGAGGCCGAGCCUGAGCCCGAGGCUAAUGCGGAUGAGCCCGAGGCUAAUGCGGACGAGGCCGAGCCUGAGCCCGAGGCUAAUGCGGACGAGGCUAAUGCGCCAGCCCGAGCCUGA